AUGGUGCGGACCAUGAGACCCGACGACAUCAACCCCCGGACGGGGCUGGUGGUGGCUCUGGUCAGCGUCUUCCUGGUGUUCGGCUUCAUGUUCACCGUGUCCGGCAUCAAGGGAGAGACCCUGGGGGACAUCCCGCUGCUGGCCAUUGGGCCGGCCAUCUGCCUGCCAGGCAUCGCUGCCAUCGCCCUCACCAGAAAGACUGACGGCUGCACCAAAUGGCCCAAGAACAAGUGUCCGUGCUGCAAGCAAGUCAAGGACCGGGAUGUCACGGAGCUGCUGAGGACCCCCUCGGACCUGGAGUCUGGCAAGGGCAGUUGCGACGAGCUGGCCGAGAAAGCAUACCAGAAGGAUAGGAGAGUGCUGCGGGGCGAGGACUCCAUGUCCAUCUGCACCACCACCACCACCACCACCAUGGGAGAGUGCAAAAGCCUCAUCAGAAAGGUGGAGCAGGAGGAGAUGCUGAGAUACCUGGAGACCUGUUACCCAGAGAUGCCGGGGAAUGUGUUCGUGGGAGAUGGCUCCACGUACAGUGCCUUGGAGAAGAAGAGCUCUUCUCCCACCAGGGACAGUGCUCCUCGCCCUGACAUUGAAGACAACAUUUUUGUGGCUCCUAAAGACAGUAUCAUUGUCUGCUCUUACAAGGAGAACAGCCCUUAUGACAGAUACUGUUGUUACAUAAACCCUACUGGAGUCAACUCAGACCAGGAGACCAUAGUGUGA